AUGGCUGCUCUUCCUCGUCUUCCUUGUCUCUUGCGCUCCUCCCGGACCCUCGGGGUAGUGCAGAAACCCUUCGUCAACGCCCCCGCAUUACGCACAUUGUCAACCAAGCAUCCCAAGGGCUUUGUUCCACCCACCGAGGAUGAUCUGUUAGAGCUACGGGAGCGAGUGCAAGAAUUUACUAGGCGCGAAAUCCCCGAGGAAAUCGCUGCGAAAACAGAUGCACAGAAUGAAUUCCCGUCGGAGAUGUGGAAAAAAUUAGGAGAUGCCGGAUUUCUGGGUGUCACUGCCAACGAAGAAUACGGCGGUCUUGGGAUGGGCUACCAAGCUCAUUGUAUCGUUAUGGAGGAGAUCAGCCGCGCAUCUGGAAGUAUCGCAUUGUCUUACGCAGCUCACUCCCAGCUCUGCGUGAACCAGAUCUCCCUGAAUGGAUCUCCCGAACAGAAGGAAAGAAUUCUUCCUGGUCUUCUAUCCGGUGAUAAAAUUGGUGCUCUCGCAAUGUCUGAACAUUCCGCAGGCUCCGACGUCGUCAGCAUGAAGACAACGGCCAAGGCAGUUGAUGGGGGAUACCUGUUGAACGGAACCAAGAUGUGGAUUACGAAUGGCCCCGAUGCCGACUUCAUCGUCGUGUAUGCCAAGACCGAACCGGAGAAAGGCUCCAAAGGAAUCACGGCGUUCAUCGUCGAGAAGACGUUCGACGGCUUCUCCUGCGCAAGGAAACUGGACAAGCUGGGAAUGCGUGGUUCCAACACAGGAGAGCUGAUCUUCGACAACGUGUUCGUUCCCCAGGCCAAUGUUCUUGGAGAACUGAACCGAGGCGUCAAGGUCUUGAUGGAGGGUCUUGAUCUGGAACGUCUGGUUCUCAGCGCUGGUCCGCUGGGAAUCAUGCAGGCAGCCCUCGACCUUGUUCUUCCCUAUACCCAUGUCCGCAAGCAAUUCGGAACGUCCAUUGCGCACAACCAGUUGAUCCAGGGUAAGCUGGCGGACAUGUACACGAAGCUUGCGGCAUCCCGUGCCUACACCUAUGCCACGGCGCGACAGGUCGAUAACUCUGCGUCUUCACCCGAGAUGACCAUCCGGACGCAAGACUGUGCCGGUGCAAUUCUCUAUGCUGCAGAGAGGGCCACUGAGUGUUCCCUUGACGCUAUCCAGCUCAUGGGUGGCAACGGAUAUAUCAACGAAAUCCCCGCUGGCCGACUGCUGCGUGAUGCCAAGUUGUACGAGAUUGGCGCGGGCACCAGUGAAAUUAGACGGAUGGUUAUUGGGCGUGCGUUUAAUAAGGAAUACGCAUAG